AUGGAGAAUGACAAUUGUGUCACUGUAGGGGAUGACUUAGCCAAUGGGAUGAAGCUGGCAGCUUCUUUGCUCAAGGUGAGCGAGCACGCGCUGUCCAAGGCGCUGCUCACAAGGCAACUGUACGUUGGUGGUAAGGUCAUUGUGCAGCAGCAGAACUCAGAGCAAGUGCGUAACAACCGUGACGCUCUUGCUAAGGGCAUCUACUCCUCGCAGUUCCUAUGGUUUGUGUUGGAGCUCAACCGCACAAACUCGCGCAACCAAGACAAAUGGGGCUUCAUCAGUGUUCUGGAUAUCUAUGGCUUCGAGAAGUUCGAGUGGAACACGUUCGAGCAGUUGUGCAUCAAUUACGCCAACGAGAAGUCCCAGCGAUACUUCAAUCAGCACAUGCUGGAGGUGGAGCAGAACGACUAUGCUAAGGAAGGGAUCGACUGGAAGCACAUUGACUUCGAGGACAACCAGGAGUGUUUGGAUCUUAUUGAGAGCAAGGUGAACGGCAAGCCGGGCAUCUUCAUCUCGUUGGAUGACAACUGGCGACUCAAGGGCGAGGAAACCAACAAGAAUUUCGUUUCCAACCUGCACAACUCGUUUGGCCGCACGUCGAGCGGCCACUCGAGUGGUAACAACAAGUUCUUUGUGCACCCCAAAAUGGACGCAGACUUGCACUUCGACAUCAAGCACUACGUUGGUAAGGUGAUCUACGACGCUAGCGGCUUCACUGACAAGAACAACGAGACGUUGAACGACGACAUGCAGGAGUUGAUCUGGUAA